AUGGGCAUCUUCGGGAGCAAGGCCAGAGAGGCGGCGGCGUCCGAGGAGGCGCCCGCUGGCGGCCUCGAGGAGCUCUUCGGCACGGAGCUCCUGACCAAAGAGGGGCCCAAGAAGACCUCUGAGGUCCUCGGCGGGAAGCGGGCGGUGCUGGUCUACUUCUCCGCCCACUGGUGCCCGCCGUGCCGCGGCUUCACGCCGGUGCUGGCGCAGGCGUACGAGGCCCACUCGCAGGGCGACGUCGCGGUGGUGUUCGUCUCCGCCGACCAAACGCAGCCCCAGUUCGAGUCGUAUUUCGGGUCCAUGCCGUGGUGCGCGCUGCCGUUCAGCGCGGGCAAGAUCAAGAGCAAGCUGAACACCAUGUACGGAGAGUGA